ACAGUCAGCACAGAGCCUGAUGUGGGGCUCCAUCCCACGAACUCUGAGAUCAUGACCUGAGCUGAAGUCGGACGCUUAACUGAGCCACCCAGGCGCCCCUCAAUUAAUUUCCUCUAAAAAAACUUUUGGAGGCAGCCCCUGGAGUCUAGUUUUCUGAACGGUACCCAUCAGGUGGAUGUGUACUGAAUUGCUUUUUUGCAAAUGCUCUCCAGAACUAACGCUCAGUACUAACGCUAUUUUUGAGCUUUGCAUGGAUUUCAUUAUUUGAAUAUUGCUAUAACGCUGUGAGGUAGGUGCUAUUUCUUCCUUCUGUUUUACAGAUGAGGAAGCUGAAGUCCAAAGGGGUUAAGUAACCUGAUCAAGCAAAAAUGCGUAGGAAGGCAGAGAUUAGGAUUAGAAGUCAGGCAUCUGACUACAGAGCCCUACUGCAUUCUGUUUGCUUCUUAUGGUAUGUCCCAUUGAAUUGUAACUGAUCUUUUCUGCCUCCUCACUGGUCUGUAUACUCCCUGAGGGGAGGGCCUUGGUAUUAUCCAUAUCUAUACCCACAGAUGUGCCUCCUUCUCCUACACCCCAUCUUGUUAGUCUCCCCAUUGGCUGACUUGGUUCCGUGAAGGAAGGCUGUGUUGGCAACGUCAGCUGACCUCACACUGGUGGCUCCAAGUCAGAACGCAAACAUUCUGUAGAGAGCAGAGUUUCUUAGUUUCUCAGAGAAAUAUAGGGCAGAAACUGCACUAUAGCUAAAUAUUUCCUUUUCUCCAUGUGAUAAAAGACUAACAGUUUUGGAGUGAUGGACAAGGUUCAGAGUUCUUUCACCUUUCUAGUUUUGUUUUUAAUGGAAUGGCCACCUUUAUGCUUGCCUUAUGAAGGCUACAAUCAGUCACAAACACCCACAAAUAUCACUAAGCAGGAAAGUGUUUCCUCAAGACUCAGAGCUCUGAAACCUCCUAUGCCCACGCAAUUACCAGGCAACAAUGGUAAUGGGAAGGGUGAUACACAUAACCCUAUAAAGACUAAUGGGAGUCUAACAACCUAUGCAGCACCCCUGAAUGCUGAUACCUGGAAUGCAGCACUGAUUGCACGUAGACCUGCUCUUGUUCAAGUAAUUGUGAUUGCGUGUAUAGCCUUCAGCAUUGCUCUGAUAUGUGGAAUCAGUAUUUCCUAUGUGAUAUAUCGGCUGGUCCAGGCUGAGGAAAGACAGCAACUUGCCUGGCUUUAUAACAAUGUCAGGAUACCAUUGCUGGGAGACAAGGACGAGGGCUCUGAGGAUGAGAGCCAGGAUGAGUCCACCUACCUACUUCCAGAGAACGAGAAGGAGCUGGAAAAGUUCAUUCACUCAGUUAUUAGAUCCAAAAGAAGAAAACACAUGGAAAACAGACUGAAUAAAGAACAGUCGUUAUCAAGGGAAACAAGUCUAGAUAAUUCUAUGCACAGUGUGAGCCUGGAGAAUCUGUGAGAGCAAAGGAAAAAGACGCAGUAUGCGCUAGCCAGCGUGGAGCCCACGGCUGCAGGGACAACCCACGAUGGGGGACCUGAGUAUGACUUACUCCUGGAGAGUUCUGUUCGGAGCACUCUAGAGAAGCCAACUGGAAGUAUUUAAGAGAAAAUAAAUCCAUACGCUCAACAA